AUGACUGCAGAUCAUAGAAUCAGGUUCAAGAGAUUGAACCAAGUUUGUGAUAAGGCAUUAUCGCAAUCUAUUGCAAAAUUGCAAAAUUGGGAUAAGUUAUCAAGUUGUUAUCCAAGUUACAUUUCUACCAGAGAAGGUUAUAACAAUCUAAAAACGUGUCAAACUCAGGUGUGUGAGUUUUGGUCCCAACUAUGCAAGCAAGAAUUUCAAGCUAUAUUUGAAGAACGUAACGCCCAAGCGAAGUUAGACGAGUUAGAUGACUUGAUGUUGAAAGCAAAAUUAAGAUCAAAGUCUUCAAACGACGACAACUUGAAUCGUAUAAAGGUUGAAGAACUUUCACCGGAACAACUUAUCUUAGGGAACAUUGAGAGUUGCAAAUGGAUGUCAGUGAAGAAAUUGGAUGAUCGUGCCAAGACUUUAGAAAGUAUGAAUUCAGAAUUAAAAGACGAAUUAAGCCGACUCAAUGAGGCAAUAAAGAACGAGCUGGAUGACUUAGAGAAUAUCUACAACAGAUACAUGGGUAACGAUAUUGGUGGUAGAACAUCCGAGCUACGACAAGGUAUGGAAAACAUGCUAUUGGAAACGCGGGAGAACCAAUAA